AAAGGGGAGUGAAGGAAUGGCUGGAGUUGACCUCUCAGGGUUCACAGGCCGUGGUGGCUUCGCUUCUGCUGGACUUUCAACGUUCACACCACCUGUUUCCAGCCUCACAGCACCUGCAGGGCUGAUAGCACCUGGUGGUAUGGCAGGAGAAGUUGGAGGGAUGGCAGUAGGUGCUCUGCGUGGGCUGUCAUGUCCCUCACAGGUUCUUGUGGCAUCAGCAGCAGCAGCACCAGCAGUACCAGCAGCAGCAGCAGGAGCAGCUGUAGCAGCAGCAGCACCAGCAGCAACGGCAGCUGCUAUGACUGCACCAGCUUCCACAGCUGUUGUUUCUGCUCCCACCGAUCCCAUUUCUGCCCCUCAUCCUUUUUCUCCUGCUCCUGCUACUCCUGUUCCCCCUGCUGUUCCUACUGCUCCUGCCACUCCUGCUGCUCCUACCGCUCCUGCUUCAUCCCCCCCUCAGUCUGCGUCCCCUGAUGCACCUGCUGCUGUGGCGUUGGCACAUGGGGAGGGCAAGGACUGGUGGAUGGGGCAUAACAACAGCAACGGCAGAUCUGCAGCUUCCCCUUUAGGUUCAUCUCCGUUAGUAGCAUCUCCUUUACAAGGAUCUCCGCUAGGAUCCCCGACUACUGCAGUGCAGGCUGAUGUUUCUGCUUCCGAUGCUGCGGCUUCUGCUGUGGCUGAGUCACAGAGCCAAGCUGUGAAUGACUGUGAGGGCAAUGGGAAGCACCAUGCUGAUUCCCAUGCUGCAGACGGGCGUGCUACAAACGGAUGUGCUACAAACGGAUUUGCGACAAACGGGUGUACCCAUACAGGCAACAGCAAAGGGCAGCAGCAGAGGGUGGACUCACUAGACUCAGCAGAAGUGAAGCACAUUUACGGAGCCAUCACCCCUCUCUUUCAGGGAAACACCGCCGCCCCUUUCCAUCCCGGGACAAUCUUCCCUCUUCAUCCCCAUCAUAGUUCUGACAUCUCCUCCCACAUGCCUGGGCCCUCGCCCUUCCCAGACCAUUCUCACCCUUCCGAGCCUGGGUUUGUCCGCUCCCAGUCCUCCCUCCUCCCCCCAUACAGUCACCCGAAUGCCCUCUCGCGCGGCCUUUCUCUCUGCGAUAAGCAGUCGGCGUCAGCUGUUCACCACGCCCUGCUGGACCUCUUUGAUCUGAACAACGACUUAUCGAGGCGAGACCAUGGCUUAUCACGGCCCGAGCACCACUUAUCGCAGCCGCAGCAGGAGCUAGCAAGGGCAGGGAAGAACCUUUCACAGCCAGAGGAGGGUGCCAGUGGUAUCAUGGAGAAUUGUCAACAAACCGCUCCUCCCCAUUCUCCCCCUCUCAUUCCUCCCUUCCCUCCUACUCCUCCAUCAUCGCGACUUGAGCGAUCCAGUAAAGUGAGCCUGGAGCUGCUGCUGCAGGAGAAGGUGUGA